AUGGGUUCUUAUAAUACAGAUUCACUUUGCCCCCAAAACUUGACGUUGAAGAACUUUGAAGGUCUUGACCUCGGAAAGAUGGACAAGGCCAAUGACUCUGGCUUAGCAUCAUAUGUUGCUGGUCAGAUUGACCGUACCUUAAGCUGGAAGGAUGUCCAAUGGCUUCGUCAGACAAUCACCAAAAUGCCUAUUCUUGUCAAGGGUGUUCUUACAGGAGGAGAAAUAGUUAUAAAGAUUCUAGAGAAAGAUUUAGUGAUCUCUUUGGUGUAG